CCGGAUUCGACAUCUCGAAGUCUUUGAGGAACGACGAUACGAUGGUUGCAAUUCCGGCCACGAGGAUGAUACUGUUGGCAGCCCGGAAAUCGUCGAAACCAAAGUCGUCGAAAGUGACGAUAAAUUGCACGAACGACUGCUCAUGGGGCAAAUAUGGAAAAUGGAUUCUAGUGGGGGUCAUACUGAUGUUCGUCCUUGUUGCACUUUUGAUGUGCUGGCAUUCUCAUUGGCAGUUGAAGAGGAAGCGUAAGCCGAUUAGGGGGACUGUUUGGAUGGGGAAGGGCGCCCAGCAUUUAGUCAGACGCGCGACUACCUUUAGACAGGGCAGAGGCGGAAGACGACCUCCUAGACCACCCCCAGAUGUGCGCGAGGUGAAGGAUGUGGAGAACAAGGCCGUCAGAGUUGAGGGAGCUGGAGUACAACCUCUCGUUGGCCAUGGCGGAAUGCCAUCACCAGGACCACCUCCAGAUUUCCAAGCGGAGAAGGGUCAGAAUUCAGGCGUUGUGGCAGUUGCAGAGCCAGCUCCCGUUGUAGGUCAUGGCGGAAACCCGCCUCCAGGACCGCCUCCAAAUGUUGGUGGGGAGAAAAGUCUAAACAAUGAGAGUGCAGCCGUUGAGGGAGGCGAAGGACAACCCCCGGUUGGCCAUGGCGGCAAGCCACCCCCAGGACCACCUCCCGGGUACUCGAUGGGAGCUGGCCAGGUGUAGAGUUGAAGAGUUGAAGUGUGUUCAAGAUAACGGUGCUGGAGCUAUUUCUGGGGUUUCAGGUAUGUGGUAGGCAUUGAAUGAUUGUGUUGUGCCGACUACAAGCAAUAUCGUAGGCUUGUGAGAGUUCGAGAUCCAGGUAACUUUAUCUAAUGCAGCCCCCUUUCUUUCAUGCGACAAAUUACGCCCUACUUCUGUCGGAUGCCAUUCAAUAAGGGUCGAUUAAAGAGCUAAUAAGCUGAGCAAG